AUGACUGAGUAUAAUAAUGACACCGAAAGCAAACUACUCAAACUGAUAUUGGAGGCUGGUUACGAAUGCUGCAGUACAGUGCAAUCUGUUCGAGAUUUACUUGAUAAUGUAACAUCCAUUGAAGAAAAAGAUGUGGCCGAGGUAUUGGGUAGCAUGGCUCGAACACAUAGUAAUAUGGCGGGUGUUGGCAUUUCAGCAGAUAGUAACAAUGUCUUGACUGAGAUGACGACUUGGAACGUGGAGAAUUUUGUCCAUGUCGUCUCUGACAAGGCACCCGAAUUGAAUUGGCUCAGAGUAUAUCAAUGCCUCGAUUACCCUCAUUUUUUCUUGUUUGAUGGGAAAGGACUGGAUCUAUUAGUGCGAGCAUGGAAAUCGUGUCCCAGCAACAACAAUUGUUUCCCUGCCAAUGUCUUCUUUGGUAAAUGGGAUAACGUCAAGGGGCAACUCACCGCCUUGUAUCAAAUCGCCAUUGCACCUACCGAUUUAGUCAACUGUAUUCGUUGUUCCAACAAGACCGUCAUUGCAUUAGAUGAUUUUGCCCAAUCCAGCGUCCAUAUUCGCUCCAUUGUGUCGCAAUUAGUGACCGAUCAACUCAACUCACUCGACCUUAUUGAACGCAUCAUUCAACUUGCCGAUUCCUCUGUUGCUGAAGACGCUAAAGCUCUGCUGGAGAAGAUUUUGGUCAAAAAGGUGCCUGAAUUGUUGUUUAUGGGAUUGCUUCAAAUUGACCCCAUUGCCAAUGCCGUUCACCAAGACCUGUUGAAUCAAUUGAUCAACUUUUACCUGGCAGGCAACACCAGCAGUGUUUUAGUGAUGACUAAAUUCUGGAAAGUGAAGCCAGACUUGUUCAAGAAGAACAUCAUCGAUCUGUACAGCCAAGAACCCACAUCACUGACUCGUAUUCUAGCUUUUGUUCAUGAGCUAAAGAUUCUUCCUACUAUCCUCGACAUUCAACCCUUCUUGUUCACCAUUGAUUUAGCAGCCUUAGCUACUCGUCGUGAAUAUCUCAACCUGGAAAAAUGGCUGCAAGACAAAAUCAAGGAGCACGGCGUUGUAUUUUCGCAAGCUUGCUUGAAAUUUUUGAGCAACAAGGUGAGAGCUGAGCUGGCUCGACAGGAAUCCAGCUCUGCGCCAAUGACGGUGCCUCUCUCUAUGGAUGUUGUGAAUGUCUUUAUCAAGACCAUUUCAGACAGUUUGUCCAUGCAAGAAAAGGGGUUACUUAGCGAUAUCCACAACACGUACGUUCAGAUUGCGCAGAAAUCAGUCGUAUCACCACCACCCGUCAACAGCAACGAGCACCACCACAUGUCACCCGAAUCCAUCACUGCAGCUGCAACCACAGGCGAUGUAACAUUCAAGCAGGACAUUGAGGACGAAGCCAACUCUUACUACGAACGCAUUUACAGCGGCGAGAUCUCCAUCAAGGACAUGAUUGACAAAUUGACGCAAUUUAGCACUGCUAGCGACGCCCGUGAACAGGAUAUUUUUGCGUGCAUGAUCCACAAUUUGUUUGACGAGUACCAUUUCUUUCCCAAGUAUCCUGACAAGGAACUAGCCAUCACCAGCAUUUUAUUUGGCUCAUUGAUCCAGAGCCAACUAGUGUCUUAUGCGCCCCUUGGUAUUGCUCUCAGAUGUGUCUUAGAUGCCCUGGGGAAUGCACCCGGCUCCAAAAUGUACAAUUUUGGUCUUCAGGCACUCGCUCAGUUUCAAUCUCGUCUACCUGAAUGGCCACAAUACUGCGCUCAUCUCUUGCAGAUUCCUACACUGCAGCAAGCCAACCCAGACUUGAUUCACUUGAUAAAGGGAUCCAUGCAGAUGGGACGCAUUCAACAACAUCAGCAGCAGCAGCAAUUACAACAGCAGCAGCAUCUUCAGCAUAAUGAAGGUUCUGCUUUACUGAAUGAAUCUGCCUCCACCUCAAAAGCGCUCACACUUGCUGCCUCCUCCAACAACUCUGUCACUGCUGUCACCACACCUGCGCCCGUUAUUUUCGCUGCUAUCCAUGUGCCCCCCAUGUCGUUUGACGAAAAUAUCCACUGUCAAGUGCCCAAUGAAGCCACGCAGGACAAGAUCCUGUUCAUUAUUAACAAUGUUGCACUCAACAAUCUCGCUGUUAAAUCCUCUGAUCUCAAAGAGAACCUACAGCAAUCCGCCUAUCAAUGGUUCAGUAACUACUUGGUAGUCAAGCGUGCUAGUAUCGAGCCCAAUUACCACGACUUGUACAUUUUGUUGCUGAAAUCUGUCAACAGUUCUUUGCUCUAUCAACAUGUCCUGCGCGAGACAUUUGCCAACAUCAAAAUCUUGCUGAAUUCAGACAACACGCUUUCUUCGUCUACGGAACGCACCCUGCUCAAGAACCUGGGUUCCUGGCUGGGUGGUAUGACAUUGGCUCAGAACAAGCCCAUCGUUCAGAAAUACAUUGCGUUCAAAGAGCUGUUGCUGGAGGGGUAUGAUACCAAUCGAUUGAUUGUUGUGAUUCCAUUCGUGUGCAAAGUGCUUGAGCAAGGUACCAAGAACUCGGUGUUUGUUCCUCCUAAUCCCUGGGUGAUGGCCAUCUUGAAGUUGUUGGUGGAGUUAUAUCAUAACGCGGAUCUCAAGCUGAAUCUCAAGUUUGAAAUUGAAGUGCUGUGCAAGAGCUUGUCGGUCGAAUUGAGCAGCAUCAAACCUACUGUGGUCCUCAAGACAAGACAGCCCAGAGGAAGAUUCAUCACUGCUGCUCCUACAACCACUGCUGUGGUGGCUAGACCGGAUGAUAAUGGUAUGGACAUGAAUUCGCCCUUUGGUCCUGCAAGUCGCCCUCCCAUUGCCAACUUGCUUCCUCAAUCCGCUGCUGACAAUGACGAUGAUAGUGCACCCAUCAACAUUCCCAACCUGGGUCCUUAUUUGACUUUCAAUCCUCAAAUUGUCAUGUACAACACGCAGCCCAACUCCAAACGUUGGGUACUUCAAGCUGUUACGCAAGCCAUUCGAGAAAUCAUUGGUCCUGUGGUGGAGAGAUCUGUGGCCAUCGCUUCUGUAUCGACACGAGAGCUGGUUGCCAAGGAUUUUGCCAUGGAAUCAGACGAGAACAAGAUGAGAAAAGCAGCCCAUUUGAUGGCACAGAGUUUAGCUGGCAGCUUGGCCAUGGUGACCUGCAAAGAUCCUCUUCGUACUAGUAUGGUGAAUCACAUGCGUGCCUUGUUUAGUGCCAAUGGUCUGACUGAAGUGGUCGCUGAACAAGCCGCCAUGUUGACCGUGGCUGAUAAUUUGGAUCUGGUGUGCUCUGUAAUUGAAAAGACGGCCAUGGAGAAAGUGGUGAUGGAGGUGGAUGAAGCGCUGAUGAGUGCGUAUGCCAGUCGUAGGAAACAUAGAGAGCAGCAACCUCGAGGCAGUGCCCAGCCUUACUUUGAUAUGAACGUCUUGGCCAUGUCGCGAUACCCAUCUACGCUCCUUGAGCCUCUGCGUCCUAAACCCAAUGGGCUUCAAGUAAACCAGUUGCGUGUGUAUGAAGAUUUUACCCGCAUUCCUCGAUCCGCUGCUGCUAUCGCUGCUGCAUCUGCUAAACAAAUGAUGGAGCAACAACAGCCUAUCUUGGAUCAACAACAACGUCUAUUGCGCACUCGCCCUGAUAUGCUACCCCUGAAUGGCUAUGGCAGCAACAAUACCAACAAUGUAGUUCCUAAUUUUGAUAUUGGCAAUCCCCAACAACAACAGCAGCAACAGGCAAGUGCCCAUCAAAUCCUAGAGAGAUUCGCUCAGUACAUCAACGAACUGGAGAAACUCGUCAGUAUGACCAAUGCGCCUAGUUUUAGCGCCUUACCUAUGCACCAUGAUAUUAUUGUAUUGGUCCGUCAAAUCCCACUAUUGGCCAUGUCAAGCUUCGAUAAAGCCGAAGCCGCACGCACUUUUGCACAAAAGGUGGUUCAAUUGCUCUACAAGAGUGAGACUCAAUUGGGUCGUGAAAUGUAUGUGGCCUUGCUGGAACGCUUAUGCGAUGUCGCGCCUAAUGUAGGUGCUCUUGUGACAUCGUGGUUGACGCAUGCAGACGAUGAACGCAAAUACAAUGUGCCUGUUACAGUUGCUCUGAUCAAGGCUAACCUGAUCAAUUUACCUGAGCAAGACCAAGAACUAGCGAAUCUCAUUGAUAAUGGCAGAGUCAGUGCUAUUGAUUUCACAGCACGCUUGAUCCGCUCCUGCCUGUUUGAAGAUGUGCCAUUGGCCAAUCGACAAGAAUUCAUGGCAUCCUUGGAAGCUCUCAGUAGGUUGAGAGGCAAUGUACCUGACAGUGUAUUGCUAUUGAUGGAUGAUAUGCGAAGAAGAGCCUCUGCUGCUGCUGCUGCUGCUGUACAGCCACCACCUUCAUCUGCUUCUAAUUCAUCUGGAGCACCUACACCCUUGAUAACACAGCAAUUGCAACAACAUGAAGCGGCUUUCCAGCAACAGCCACCAUUUCAAGAAGAAGACCAUGGCCUUCGCGAGCAUUUGCGCAUCCUGUUUACCGAAUGGGUCAGAAUCUACCAACAUCCUACGACUUCGGACAAGGUGCUGAACGCCUUUGUGGCCCAGUUGUCUCAACAAGGCAUUUUCAAAAUGGAAGAUGUCUCCUCCCUGUUUUACCGAGUUUGCCUCGAAACCAGCAUCGAACAUGCCAUCAAAUAUAAGCAGCUGCCCGGCCAGUCAGCCGGUCUUGCUUACCAACCCAUUGAUGCAUUCUCCAAGCUUGUCAUCAGUCUAUUAAAGCUGCAGCAACAGCAACAGCAGCCUCCCUCUACGCCCAUUGGCACACCUGCCACUGCCGCUACAGAGGCACAAGAUGCCAGUCGUGUUUCCUUGUUUGACAAGGUGCUGUCCAUUAUUGUGCUAGUGGCUGCUCAACAUCAUGAACAGCGUCGUCAACAGUUCAAUCAACGUCCCUUCUUGAGGCUAUUCACCAGUCUGUUUAGUGAUCUUCAUGCAGCAGAACAGCAAUUGCAGGCCAUCUAUAUCCCCAUUUUGACAGCCAUGAGCAAUACACUGCAUACACUGCAGCCAUCCCAAUUCCCUGGAUUCACGUUUGCUUGGUUACAGCUGAUUUCCCAUCGCUUGUUCAUGCCCAAAUUACUGUUGGCAGAGAACCAAAAGGGAUGGCCUACGUUCCAACGCUUGUUGAUUUGCCUGUUCAAGUUCUUGGGCCCUUUCUUGCGCAACACACAGCUCAAAGACACCACACGUAUGCUGUAUCGUGGCACGCUGAGAGUGCUGCUUGUGUUGGUGCAUGACUUCCCUGAAUUCCUCUGCGAUUACCACUACAGUCUCUGUGAUGUGAUUCCCUCCUCUUGUAUACAGCUCCGUAACCUCAUCCUCAGUGCAUUUCCUCGUAGCAUGCGACUUCCUGAUCCAUUCACACCCAAUCUCAAGGUGGACUUGCUACCCGAAAUCAACCAAUCUCCCAACAUCCUGUCUGAUUACACCUCCGUCCUCAAGAGCGAUCACCAUGAUUUGAAAAAAGAGAUUGAUGCCUAUUUAGAGUCUGGCGCUAAUGACGAUCAAUUCCUAGCCAAAUUACCCUCUCGUCUCAUGCUGCCAGACGACAAGACCAAGUACAAUAUACCCAUGAUGAAUGCCUUGGUGUUUUACGUGGGUGUGGUGGGUGUCAAUGAAGGCAUUCCCAUCAAUCAAGGACCUCCUAUCGAGAUUUUCCAGGGCUUGUUGAAUGAAUUGGAUUCAGAGGGUCGCUAUUUGUUCCUGAGUGCGAUUGCCAAUCAACUUCGAUACCCCAAUAGUCAUACACACUAUUUUAGCUGUGUUAUCCUCUAUUUGUUUGUAGAGAGCAACAAGGAAAUUGUCAACGAGCAGAUCACCCGUGUGCUGCUGGAGCGUCUCAUUGUGAACAGACCUCAUCCUUGGGGCUUGCUGAUCACCUUUAUUGAGUUGAUCAAGAAUCCUCGCUACAGCUUCUGGAAUCAUUCAUUCACUCGUUGUGCCACAGAUAUUGAAAGAUUGUUUGAAAGUGUAUCUAGAUCAAUCAAUCAAAUUUAA